AGCACACGCCACUAUGUCAAAUGGGGGUAUAAUACGUCCUACGAACGCACAAUUUAGUAGCAUACACUAUCACAUUAGACAUACAAAAAGUACAGAGACACUAUGAAGCUAAUCAUCGAACCGGAUGCAGAGCAUGUUGCUACCUAUGCCGCUGACUAUAUCAAGAAGCGCAUCAAUGCAUACGGCGCCGGGCCCGACAACUACUUCGUGCUAGGUCUGCCCACUGGAGGUACACCGGUCAAGACUUAUAAAAAGCUGAUUGAGUUUGUGAAAGCCGGCGAGCUUUCCUUUAAGUAUGUGAAAACCUUCAAUAUGGAUGAGUAUGUGGGUCUUCCCGAGGACCACCCUCAGUCGUACCACACGUUUAUGUUCGACAACUUUUUCAAGCACAUCGACAUCAACCCUGCUAACACACACCUGCUGGAUGGCAACGCCAAAGACCUCACAGCCGAAUGUGCGGCGUACGAGGAAAGGAUUCUAGUGGAAGGUGGUAUCGAGCUAUUCCUGGGCGGUAUGGGAAACGAUGGUCACGUAGCGUUCAAUGAGCCCUGCAGCUCCUUGGCCUCACGCACGCGUAUCAAGACACUCACCUCGGACACCAUUGUCACAAACUCACGUUUCUUCAAUAACGAUGUCUCAAAAGUGCCCAAGAUGUCCCUGACUGUGGGUGUGGGAACCGUAUUCGAUGCUCGGGAUGUACUACUGUUGGUGACUGGGGAAAGCAAAGCCCUGGCGCUGCACCAUUGUGUCGAGAAAGGAUCCUCCCACAUGUGGACAGCUUCUGUGUUCCAACACCACGUGAACAGUACGAUUGUGUGCGACGAGGAUGCCACUAUGGAGUUGAAGGUUAAGACUGUAAAGUAUUUCAAGGAUACGAGGGAAAUCAUCGAGAAGAACUUCCCAGGUGGUCAGUAAAUAGAUUUCUGCCGGGGUAGUCGUCGUCGACUGUCAUCGGGUCUCGACUAUAUCUUGACCUAGCUGCUGAUAGGAAAGAGGCAUUCGGGAUUUGCAAAACGUACUUAUAAUUUGGUAAACGACAAGCAUUCAUUUACAUCAAUAAAUAUAUUAAUUGAACAAAACUAAAA